AAGUGAUAGUCACAUGACGCGUUUCCCGUCAAGAUGGCGGAUACUCUCCCUUCGGAGUUUGAUGUGAUCGUAAUAGGGACUGGUUUGCCUGAAUCCAUCAUUGCAGCUGCAUGUUCAAGAAGUGGCCGGAGAGUUCUGCAUGUUGAUUCAAGAAGCUACUAUGGAGGAAACUGGGCCAGUUUUAGCUUUUCAGGACUAUUGUCCUGGCUAAAGGAACACCAGGAAAACAGUGACAUUGAAAAUGACAGUCCAGUGUGGCAAGACCAGAUCCUUGAAAAUGAAGAAGCCAUUGCUCUUAGCAGGAAGGACAAAACUAUUCAACAUGUGGAAGUAUUUUGUUAUGCCAGUCAGGAUUUGCAUGAAGAUGUAGAAGAGGCUGGUGCACUGCAGAAAAAUCAUGCUCUUGUGACAUCUGCAAACUCCACAGAAGCUGCAGAUUCUUCCUUCCUACCUAUGGAGGAUGAGUCAUUAAGCACUAUGAACUGUGAAAUGCUCACAGAACAAACUCCAAGCAGUGAUCCAGAGAAUGUGCUAGAAGUAAAUGGUGCUGAAGUGACAGGGGAAAAAGAAAACCAUUGUGAUGAUAAAACUUGUGUGCCAUCAACUUCAGCAGAAGACGUGAGUGAAAAUGUGCCUAUAGCAGAAGAUACCACAGAACAACCAAAGAAAAACAGAAUUACUUACUCGCAAAUUAUUAAAGAAGGCAGGAGAUUUAAUAUUGAUUUAGUAUCAAAGCUGUUGUAUUCUCGAGGAUUACUAAUUGAUCUUCUAAUCAAGUCUAAUGUUAGUCGAUAUGCAGAGUUUAAAAAUAUUACCAGGAUUCUUGCAUUUCGAGAAGGACGAGUGGAACAGGUUCCUUGUUCCAGAGCAGAUGUCUUUAAUAGCAAACAACUUACUAUGGUAGAAAAGCGAAUGCUAAUGAAAUUUCUUACAUUUUGUAUGGAAUAUGAGAAAUAUCCUGAUGAAUAUAAAGGAUAUGAAGAUAUUACAUUUUAUGAAUAUUUAAAAACUCAAAAAUUAACCCCCAACCUCCAAUAUAUUGUCCUGCAUUCAAUUGCAAUGACAUCAGAGACAGCCAGCAGUACCAUAGAUGGUCUCAAAGCUACCAGAAACUUUCUUCACUGUCUUGGGCGAUAUGGCAACACUCCAUUUUUGUUUCCUUUGUAUGGCCAAGGAGAACUCCCCCAGUGUUUCUGCAGGAUGUGUGCAGUGUUUGGUGGAAUUUAUUGUCUUCGCCAUUCAGUACAGUGCCUUGUAGUGGACAAAGAAUCCAGAAAAUGUAAAGCAAUUAUAGAUCAGUUUGGUCAGAGAAUUAUCUCUGAGCAUUUCCUCGUGGAGGACAGUUACUUUUCUGAGAACAUGUGCUCACGUGUGCAAUACAGGCAGAUCUCCAGGGCAGUGCUGAUUACAGAUAGAUCUGUCCUAAAAACAGAUUCAGAUCAACAGAUUUCCAUUUUGACAGUGCCAGCAGAGGAACCAGGAACGUUUGCUGUUCGGGUCAUUGAGUUAUGUUCUUCAACGAUGACAUGCAUGAAGGGCACCUAUUUGGUUCAUUUGACUUGCACAUCUUCUAAAACAGCAAGAGAAGAUUUAGAACCAGUUGUGCAGAAGUUGUUUAUUCCAUAUACUGAAAUGGAGAUAGAAAAUGAACAAGUAGAAAAGCCAAGAAUUCUGUGGGCACUUUACUUCAAUAUGAGAGAUUCGUCAGACAUCAGCAGGAGCUGUUAUAAAGAUUUACCAUCCAACGUGUAUGUCUGCUCUGGCCCAGAUUGUGGUUUAGGAAAUGAUAAUGCAGUCAAACAGGCACUAAGGAUCGAGUUGACUAAAAGUGUUUGUCAUCCUGGAGGAAUCACUGUCAGGCUGAAACACUUUUCCAGGAAAUCUGCCCCAGUGAAGAUUUCUGUCCCCCUCCACCAAAUCCUGAAGACAUUGUCCUUGAUGGAGACGGUUUACAGCCAGAGGCUUCAGAAUCCAGUGCCAUACCAGAGGCUAACUCAGAGACUUUCAAGGAAAGCACAAACCUUGGAAACCUAGAGGAGUCCUCUGAAUAAUGGAUAUACACCGAACUGGAUACCCAACUUUGGAAAUUUCUACUGGUCUCAGAGUCUACUUGAUAGAAGGACUGUUUGAAAAAUGUUAGAAAGCAACAGCAAUUAUAAGGCAAAAUAGGUAAUAGAAAUCCAAAAGGGGAUUUUCCUUAUAGAGGACGUUACAAGAACACACAACACUUACAAAGCACAUUGACUUGCUCAUUUUGAAUACCAAACUUGUGUGACUAGCAGAUGAAAAUUAUAAAUCAGUUGAUUCUCAGGAAUGUAACUGUGGAUAUGAAAGUGAUCCUAUGCAUUGUUAAUAAUUCCAUGGUCUUAGGACAAUUUUGCUUACCACUAUGGAUCUUUGUUUGAAAGCCACAUUUUCAGAACCAGCUCACAUAUUUUCUUUGGUUAUUUGAAUUAUAUUUUCUUUAUGGACAAGAGCAUCAUAGCAUAAUGAUAAAAACAUAUAGAAAAACUAAAGUAUCAUGAUCUAGAUAGAAGCCUGUAUUUAGAAUACAGGUUUGUUUUGUUUUGUUUUGCUUUCUAUGUUGAGAAGCAUUGAAAAUGCUAAUACAAAGGUGUUUAAACAUUGUUAAGAACAAGUCAGUAGUGUUUUUUAGUAUCAGUAGUGAUAUUUGUUUGUAAAUUAUUUACAUAUUGGGAAAGGUCAAUAAUGAAGAAGUGAAAGAAUGGAAGGAAAGGUGUGGAUAGGCUCAUUGAUAUUUGGAUGUUCUGUCUUUCAAAUAACUAGAGUAUUAGGCUAAUUGUCUACAGACCUAAUUUAAUCCUGGCUCUCCUUCUGAUGAUAUGUGGUAAAUUGUUUAAUUUCUGAGCCUACGUUUCCCCAUAUAUAAAGUGGAAAUAGUAUUACUGUGCCUACUGUAUGAGAAUGGUUAUGAAGACCAAUGCAAUGCCAUGUUUAGAAUGGGUUUGCCAGAAGAAAAUCGUUUUAGAAUUUUCCCAUUGACUUGAUGAAUCUCAGAAGUCUCAUGCAGGAAAUAAUUGCUUGUUGUCAGUCAACAAACGAAAUAGAUCACAGCAUUUUUAUUGCAUUAAGCUUUUUAAAUGAAAAUUUCUUUUUAAAAUUAGUAUUUUAUAUUCUUACAUACAGACCAGUAAAAAUAGUAACAAGUAGAAUUGUGGUUUUGAAAUAUUACUAAGGAAAACACUCUAUAAAUUGUUAAUAUUCCUUUUCUGGUAGGUAAACCUGCAACCACCAAGGGCUCCAAAUUGUGUAUGACAGUUGGCAAGCCCUAAAAUACACUCUACAUAAAAAUGUUAGUGUUGCCUCUAAUCCCAGCACUUUGGGAGGCUGAGACGGGCAGAUCACUUGAGGUCAGGAGUUUAAGACCAGCCUGGCCAACAUGACGAAACCCCAUCUCUACUAAAAAUACAAAAUUUUAGCUGGGUGUGAUAGCGGGCACCUGUAAUCUCAACUACUUUGGAGGCUGAGAUAGGAGACUCACUUGAACCAGGGAGGCGGAGGUUGCAGUGAGCCAAGAUUGUGCCACUGCACUCAGCCUGGGUGACAGAGCAAGACUCUGUCUCAAAAAAAAAAGAAGUUAGGGCUGUACAUAGGUAGCAAACCAAGCUACAGUGACGUUGCCUGUAUUUAAAUUUUCUCAAAUGGCCAAGCUCUGAUGGUCUACUUUAUUUGAGUAAUAGUUUAGACUUACAAUUGCCUGUAAAUAAACAAACAAAUGCACUCUUAGUUUUUUUGUUUUUUUGGGUUUUUUUCCACAAGAUCUGGCCUAUAUUGUCUGUCAGGAAGCCAUGGCUCCAAUGUAAAGUACAUAGUUCUUACAUACUUCAACUGCAGCUGGUCCCUGACCUCACCAGGUUUCAGAGAUGUUCUUAAAGGAAGCCAGCUGUGACAGGUCACAGAUUCAUGGGAAAUGGAAAGAACCAAGGAACGUAGCUCUUGCCUCACCUUUCUACCCACUGCAGAUGUAGUUCAAGCCAGAAUAAUGGAAGAACUUAACUUACUAGCCUCUCAGGCUGCUCCUAUCCCUACCUCCCAGUGUACAGCCCCUCCCCAUCUCUUUAGUCCCCUUUCCUUCGCUUCCCCUUUUAUAAUGUCACAUAAAUCAGGGACAGUAGGAUCACAUUAUAACCUACUUUGUCACAGGGAUUCGAUUUUUCUUAUAUCAAAUCAUGUUUCCUGAAACCCAGCUGGGGCAUAUGCACUCAAUGUCUAAUACAUGCCUAUUAAUGUACCGGGUAUUGGCCUUGCCCCUGAAUAUCAGCAAUAUAUUAUAAAAGAUUCCAGUAGAUGAGACGAUUGAGUCUGAGUACAAUUGCAGUAAAUUCUGCCAAUAAAGAUAUUGUACUGUUACGGUCUUAGAGUUAAGGCCACUUGAAUGCAGUAUGCACAUUCAUGUAAACAGACAAUCAGGGUAGGCCUAGAAUAACCACAAAAAUUCUAUUGGCCUUACUACAGCCGCCUAUGUGUAGAACAAUGGAGGAGAUAGUUUGUGGUCCAUUAUUGUACCCUGUUUCAUCCAUUAGCCAGCAUCAGAAUCUCUCUUUCAGGUCAUUUAUUAAAUACGAUUGAAAUGUUUAAAAGUUCCUGAACAUGAUUCGUGAUGAUUAAAAUAUCAUAUGACUGAUAAAAGACUUUAAGAACUUCAGAUAUUACCUGUUGCCUCAAAAUGUAACAGAAAUUAUUCUUAGAGCUUUCUUUUUAGCUAUCCUAAUUACUUCAAAUAAAUAUUUGUUCUUAUAGUUUUAAAUCUAAAAGAAAAAUCUUUUGGUUUUGUUUUAAAACCUUAAACUUGAAGUCAUAUUAAUAAAAUUAAUAUAUUGUACAUAGUGGAAAAUUUUCAGUAGCUAAUUUAAAAUUUCAAAAAAUGCUAUUAAAGAAUUUUGAUUCAUAUAUUUAAACUUUUUAGUUAUGCAUGCUUCUUAUUAACCAAAAAUGAUAAUACCAUUCAGUUUAGUGAGCAGUAUGAGAACCAAUACCUAAUCCUUAUGUUGCUGUUGUAUAUUUUCCUAGUGGUGUGCCUGCUCAGAAAAACAUACACUGUAUGUGUAUACAUACUUGUGUAUAUAUAAAAGGUCAAUUUAUAUAUUUUUCUAUAGGAAAAUGGAAUAACAAUUUCCCUACCUCCCAUAAUAUGUAUUUGUCCAUAUUAAAAUAGCCACAUUGAUGAUAAUUUCUAGAACUAGUUUCUGAGAUUGUCAGCCCUUUGUCUAAAAUAAUGGCAGUAUUAAUGAUUGACUUCUGUCACUGCCAUAGUUACCUGGAUUGGCAGCCUUAGUAGCCUUUGUCUAAAGUCCUAAAGAGUUCCCAAAAAAUGUGUUGAAAUUUAAUUGCUAAAUAGUGGUUGGUGAUUCUUUACAUCAGGAAUUGUAAUAAUUUUCUUGCAAAUAAGUUAUUUACUGCUAUUGAUAUUGAAGAAUUCAUCUUUUACUCAGUUAAUUUUAUUAUAUGUAUUUCAAAAAGCAUGAAUAUAUGAUUAUUCAUAAAUUGUACACUUUAACAGUAAGUUUUCAAAGGAAAUAAAGACUUUUAAAUCCUUUUCA